GAAAAAUCACAUUUCAACUUCAUCGGAUAAUAACCAUAACUAACGAAGAAAUGAACCUCAUUGGGAGACCACGCACCGUCUUCACAAGCGCAACGGUUCAGCUUGUGCAUGGACGGUUUGAGCGUUUGGCCCGCCGAAUAGCAAUGAGCGGCUUGAUGACCCGUGGGGAAGCCGAACGGUGCAUUCGGAGCGGGGAUGUGCUUGUGGAUGGGCGUGCAGUGUCGCAAAACUGCGUGGUCGCUGACGGAGCAACAGUCGUGGUGCGCGACACGCUGGUGCCUGCACCGGGAACGAUGCCGCGUGUCUGGGCGGUGAGGAAACCAGAGGGACUGGCAUGCAAGUUUCGCAAGACCACGGCAAGAGAAUCUAUCGUCUCUGAUGGAGAAACAGCAGGACAGGAAGCUGGCCGCUGCCCUUCGACUGGAAGUACGUCCCGAGCAGCUGCUGAAGCUGCGGAGAGUGAGCGCUAUGGCCCACCAUGCCUCUCAGACCUGUUCCACAACUAUCGGAUAUUCGAUGUGCAGAGGCGUGGACCCGGAGCUGUUGAUAAUUAAGGCGAAAAGUAAGAUUUAGAUCACAUCAUGGUAGAUUUAGAUUACUUCCGCCAGCAGAGAUACUGAUACAAGCAGUUCAAUUUAUUGACAUUGAUGUUACUUCGAUGUUGAAGUCUGAAACAGUUUCAGUUCUAUUUCGUUAAUCAAAACCAUGAAAAUGUUGGACUUGUUGGAAUUUCCAAAUAAUAACCACGAUCAUGAUGGCGGAACAACAACAGAGACCACCUCAUCAUCUAAUAGAAGGAACAGCACGAUGACCGCCUGCUGCCGCACUACAGUAUCGUGAAUCCCCUAAAGACCGAUCACGAAGGACUCCUUGUGCUCACUAAUUGUGGUCGAUUUCGAGAGGUACUGAAAAAUCCGGACCUCUGUCCUGUGGAAACGGUUUAUGACUGUCGCUUGCAAACCACCGAUGACGGCAGCCCGGCUCCGGCAGCGCCCGGUUUUAUUAUGUCAGAAGUAGCAUCAGAUGCUAACCAUCAUGUGAGUGUGAUAUUUUUGAGGGAUUUUUAUGUGACAUUAUUUCAGUCUGAAGACACUUCUCAUAUUUUAUAGCUUGUCCUUUCAAAUGCGAGGGAGAAGCAAUAGCACAUAUUGAGGCAUUUUUACCUAAAGGUUUCCGAAAGACCGCCGCGUUUGAAAUAUGAUCAAUAUGACAGUCACCUCGAGUCUGAUCAAGAGACAUAUUAUAUCUGUUCAUCUAAUACCUCUCCCCCAACCGGGUCUUACGCCUCGGGUGACGGGUGGGACCCAGCGAGAGAGCCAGCCUUUCUCGCUGGAACUUCCGGUUCCUCAAAAACCAUGACAACGGGAGGAAAAUACAGACGGCGUCGGAGUCGGUCAGCGAUUCCUGUGUCGAUGUAUCCCGAAAUUUUGCGGUCGUGGGCAACCAAAGGUGUGCGCGUUCGUGGAAUCGACUAUGGCCGGGUGCACGCCAACUUGACGCGUCGGAACGCGGAGGAGGGUAGCACCUGGAUCCGUGUGCGCAUGCUAGAAAGGCCCUACACGUGUCCAGAACUGUUGCUUAUGCGACGAAUUAGAAUUUCUUUAGAGCUUGGUGCAGUAUAACUAACUCCAUACUGGCGGAGUCGUAGCUAGCUGUUCUACUCUUCGCAAAACGCGAAAUUUAGCACGAACGUUGACAUGGGAAUAGGUAUUGAAUAAACCUUCUCAUUCCGACAAGGCAAAACUCUCUAAUUUCCUGUACGAAGAACUUGGUGUGCGAGUACCGGUAGUGCGUCGUAUAACGUGGGGAAAGCUGAGGCUAAACCAUGUGCCAGAACAAACUGUUUUUCCAGUGUCAUUAGGAGAACCAGAAGGAGCGUGGCUUGUUCCCUUCAUCCCCGCUCGUCCACGGACCACAGAACUCCUCAGAUGUGGGGAUCCCGAAGAUGCAGAUGGUAUAAACGUCGAAGUGUAAGUCAACAACGCAGCAGUCGGACGCGUUGUAACUACAACCAGGGUCCUCUGGGUGAAGAUGGACAACGUCAAUGAUAUUUAUACUAAGUAAAUGCGUUAUAAUACGUAAAUGCGUACUGCCAUUUCGCGAUCUUACUGUGUUUCUGCUGUAUUGCGCGUAGUCUACAUUUAGAAACUAGAAUCGAUGAC